CCCUAAUCACGAUGUUUACGAACGAGUGCAAACGAAGGAAGGGACAGAGAGACCAAAACAAUUACGGAAGAUAACCACAAAAAGAACGUGGAAAAUUUAUGAAAUUCUGUGAAAAUCGCGUGUGGCGCAUUUCAGAAAAUGGUGCUGCGCUCCGGCAUUAUAAUUCCGUUUCAGUUUCGCGACACAAAGAAGCUGCUCAUGAUUGGCGUGCCCGAGGAGAAUCGAAAUCUUAACAUAUGGGACCUGAAGAACGUUGUGCGUGCCGCCUUUGGGAUAUACAAUUUCGAGUUUCGCAACAAGAAAAUUGGCUUUAACAUACCCGACGAGCUGUUGCUGCACUAUCUGGCCCAAAGGCACGACCUUACCAAUUUCGUUAUAGAAAUCAGUCAAGUGUACGAUGUGGCUCUGGAUAACUACGUCUUGAAUCGACAGUGCCGUUGCGCGGAGCAGAAGCUGCUGAACGACUCGCCCACACCCGAGGAACCCACGAACCUGUGUCAGCCCAGCAGCGUCUUGGAGUCGACACCCACGCCCAUUUUGGCCAUGCCAGCCUGCGAGGAGGAUGAGCACGAGGAGAGCAUGAAGUAUCGCAUCGAUAAGACCAGCAGCAGUGGUGCAGCCUCGGCGGAACUGGGCAUGCCCGCCUAUGAGGCCUGCAGCCCGAAGAUGGACUACGAUACGCAGGAUGAGCUGCCGGACUCGCCGCAUUCACAGCAGCUGCCACCACCGCCAUUGCCGUUGCCGCCGGCAUUGCCGUUGCCACCGCCACCAACCUCCCACCAUCAUCAGUUGCAGCAGCAGCAACAGCAGCACGAGGAAGAGCAGCAGCAGCUGCUGCAGGAACGCAUUCAGCACGAGUACAUGAUACAGCAGCAGCAGCAACAUCAGCACUUGCAGCAGCAGCAACAGCAUUUGGCGCUGCUACAGCAGCAGCAGCAAGAGGAGCAACAGCAGCAGCAGGCAGCAGUCGCUGCAGGGCACGCUCUGCCCGGCCAGCAGCAAGUCUUCAGCAUGGCGGCCAUGGGCACCACCACCACCAAUAACAUUCGACAACGCAAGGAACGCAUGUCUAAACGGCAGAAGGAGCUGUACGUACACUUUCUGCAGCAGCAUCAAUUCAUCAACGAUCAUCGGCGCAACGAUCCCGUGCUGGAUCCGUACUGGCUGAAGCUGGCCAAUCUGUUGAAUGCGGUGCCCCAGGGCGCCGUCAAGCAUGUGACCGAGUGGAAGCAGACCUUUGACAACUGGCGCUAUCGCAUCUUUCUGUACGCGCGCUACAACUCCAAGCUGCAGGACGAGGAGGCGCAGAAUCCGCGCAACUUCAAGCCACUGACACGCACCGACAAGCAGGCCUACAUCAUGUGGAUACGCAAUCCGGAUACGGCGCCACCCGAUCUGGACAAAAUGCGUAAUGUCUUCUGCAAUCUGGAGGAGACCACGGCGCAGCAGGACUAGCGAACAACGUCUCCAACAAUUGCCAUUAUCGUAGUCUAUAAAUAUGGAAAAUGUUCUUUCUUUUCUUCGUCUUUCCUGGUUUCAAUCGUCGUUAACUGUGUAUAAGUAUAUCUUUCCGUUCUUUCCUGUUUCUGGGAAUGCAUUUUCCUCUAAUUUUGUCAUUGUUAUGCCUUAUAUGAAUAUUAAAAGUGUGUUUUUUUGAAUGAAGCUCUAA